UCUUUUGUGGUCACCAAUUGUCUUCUUUAGGGCCACAAAAAAAUUAUCCAUGUGGAUUAGCCUUAAUACCGUCAAUAGCAAAACUGAACUGUGAAUGAUUUGGUGGUUAUGGGUGUCAUGUUUUAUGGACACAAAUUGUCUUUCAGGAUCCAGAGGGCAGUACACUGUGACUCAGACUCCUACAAAAACUACAGUCACAGCAGGACAGAUCGUGACGCUCAACUGUAAAACUAGUGCUAAUGUGGAUGGUGACUGUAGUUCAUCACGUAACCAGCAGUGCCAAGCCUGGUACCUCCAGAAACCUGAGAACACACCUAAAGCUCUCACUGGUGUAGGAAACAGCCGCUUGUCAGGAACUCCAUCUCGGUUCAGUGCCGCUGGAUCUGGCAGAGACUUCACCCUGACCAUCACAGGAGUCCAGGCUGAAGAUGCAGGAGUUUACCACUGCUGGACUGAUAGCUGUGUUCAUGGCUGUGCAAUCACACACGAUGAGUUGUCUAUUCAGUUCAGUUUGCGGCGGCUGAACAGACGGCAAGGUCGUCCAUGCGGAACGGAGGUUUUUGUACGACGGUUUAACCAGGCUGCAUCACUGUGGUACACUUUCGGUGGCGGCACCAAACUCAUCGUCAAAACCGGCGUCUCGGUGCCGCCGUCGCUCGCUCUCCUCCCGCCAUCGGCUAAGCAGCUGAAGGACGAGUCCACGGCCACGCUGGUGUGCCUGCUGAGCGGCUACUCGCCACAGGGGGCGACAGUGAGCUGGACGGUGGACGGCAGGGCGGUGACAAACGGCGUCGUGACCGGAGAAGAGGUGGAGAAGGACGGCGGGAAGUCGGCCCGCAGCAGCACGUUGACCCUGAGCAAGGCACUGUGGGAGCAGGGCGAGCUGUACUCGUGCAAGGCGUCGCACGACGGCAGGGAGACGGCGGCCGAGCUCAGGAGAACCGAGUGCCGUGUGUGACCUGACGCCCGGCCCAGAACGCCGCAUGCCCGCUUCUUGUCAUGCCUCGUUUCUAAAACACUUUAUUCUGAAAUUCUGUUCGCUUCAUUUCCUGAUGCUUUAGUGCCCGUCUGUUGUUCUGAUGGAAAUAAAAAAUAAUAUUCUGUUGAU